UACUGCCGGUUCGACACGAGUGGGAUUGUUUAGAUUUUGGACUAUGAAACAUUUCAUCAGAUAAUUGUUUACAUAUAGAUCUAAAUCUACUUUAUAAUUGAAAAGGAUGAAGACUAUAUUGCUCAGACUUAUACACUAUUUAAUUUCUCUUGGAGAAUUUCUCCGUUAUCUUAUUUUAUUUUUGCCAGCACAAACUAUUAGUGUUUAUAAAAAGUCGUCCGCUUCAAUAGCGAACAUUCAAUCGGAUUCCAAAAAACUGAAAAAACUUCCAGCUCAUCUAGGAUUUUUGGUUGUUGAAGAUGAAUUUUCCUUCAAAGAUCUAGCCAAUAUGAUUGUCUGGUCUGUUGCACUUGGAAUUUCAUACAUUAGUGUUUAUGAUAUUAAUGGUGAAAUUAAACGCAACAGUGUUCUACUACAACAGAAUAUAGAUGCUAGUAAAGAAGAGGUUAUGGGCACAAAUAAAAAUGGUUAUGAUAUCCAGCUUUAUUCAUCGCCUGCAAGUGUUUCCCAACCGGUAAAUUCAGGUUCCUCCAAAGUUCACCAUGCCAAUGUUUAUUUACUGUGCAUUGAAGAUAGUCAUAGGAAAAUAGUUGACAUGUCUCGGCAUCUAAGCAAUAUGGUUAAUUUGGGAAUGUUUAAGCUAGAAGACAUUAGUCCUUCCAAUGUGGAUACAUUAUUUCAGGAAUCAUUGCAGUUUCCAGACCCUGAAUUGUGUAUUAAAUUUGGUUCUGUUGAUAGUUUAUUUGGUUAUCUACCUUGGCAGAUUAGACUUACAGAAAUUAUUUCCCUUCCGUCUCAUAAAGGAAUUAUUUAUAAAUCAUUCCUGUCAUCUUUAGUCCAUUAUGGAAACAUUAAUCAACGGUUUGGAAAGUAACCACUUGUGUCAGACGUGUUUGUUGUUCUUAUCAUCUGUUGCUGUGAAGGGUUAUGGCUUUGUAUGUUGACUAAGUUGUUGAUGUAAGCUGAAUUGAGGGAAAGCAGUUGGAUGGUGAUCAUUUUCUACUGUGACAGGAAGAAGUUUUCAUCAGCCAUUAAGUGCUCUGUUAUCAUGUAAAUAAGAAAAAAAUCUUGUUUAUUUUUUUUUUUGGUAAAAAUGAAAUAGGAAAGAGUAUUGUAUGCUUUUAUAUAUGAGUUAUAGUUGCUGUGUGCCAUUGUGUAAAUAAGUAAUAAUAUAAAAAAUACAGUUUAUGCUGAAUCAGCAACUAUGUUUCUUUAAGUAAGAAUCAUCCUACAGUAGUAUUAUAAAAGUUGAAGCUAGGUUUUCAAUUAAAGGUUACUGGAGUAUAUCAAUGCAAGAAUUAAUUAAUGUUUUCAGUUGAGAUUUCUGGAUUAUCAAAUGUUAAUGUAAGAAAGAUUAAUCUUUGUUUUGUUGUUAUCCUUAAGGCAUAUUUAUGUUCAAGUGUCUCGUAUUUUUUUGGUUUUGUUUUAUUAUAACUUGCUUUGAUUCUCAUAUAUGCACGUUAAGUAUGCUUGUCACAGUUCACAUUUUUAGCACUUGGUGAAAGGAACAAAACAGUUUUUUCUGUUCCAGGUUAGUUUUUGUUGUUGAUGGGUUGCAGAUGUUAUGCCACGUUUAGCAAUACAAAACAGUUCUUAAGCUAAUUUUAUGCCAAAAGAAUUUAAGCUGCCAGUUUUUGUAUAAAGCAGUGUGUCAAAAACUGUACUUUGUUCAUCAAAUAGUCCCCUUCAUGCUGAGUAAGUCCAUUCUAUUUAGAUCUCUUUAUUUUAUUCAUGCCAAUAAAGUUUAUAAUCUGCUUUUCAAAAAUCUGGAUUGAGACAUGUUUUAACAAUUUUAACUUGCUGACAAAGCAAUAAAGUUGUUUGUAUAAAAAUUUAAUAAAAGGAUUCCUUUUGCCAUUUGAGUAAAAUAAAUAUUUAAUUUUUUUUAGUUAUGUGAUAAUAUAUAAAGAAUUCUAAUUCUAUGUAGCUUUAAAAGCUGCUAUCAAAAAAAAAGGCAAGCAGUUUGAAUCAAAGAAUGACUAGAACAUACAUUAAGAUACACCACAGUUUGUGAACUCCAAAAUAAACAUUACAUGCCAUUGUCAAAUACAUACUACCCCUUGUUUUAAAUGUGUUGGGUUCUGUAUUUAUCAUCUUCAUAUACCUGGGUAUUUAAGGCUUGCCAAGCAACUGUUAAUGUUCCUUUGUUAUAUAUGUCUUGUAGAGUUCUCUGUGCUAUCUAAUUUCCUGUAAAUUGGACAUUUCUGUUCACCUAUCCUGUAUUGUUCUAUAGAAAGAAAACACUUGAUAUAUUGCUAGUUGACAACCCACACAUUUAACUAUUUCUUGUACAUUAAUUUAUAAAAUUAUUUUAUAAUUUAAGCAAUUCUAAUGUAUAUUUAUAAAAUAAUUUAUAGACAAGAAAAUUAUCUAAAUAUGCUUGUAUUGUUUACCACAUAUUAACAUUCAACUUUAUGUUGAUAGAUUGUAAUGAUCAGACCAUUUCUUUCCAUCUGUCAUUUUUACCAAAUAAAUAUGAUCUACUUGAAUGUGAAGGUUUAAAAUCAUUGUACCAUGAAUUAAUGUGUCAUUGAAUAGUAGUUCUAGUGUAUAAAAGGUUGCUAUGUCAGUUAUGUCUUUGAUGUUUUCUAAAAGCAAAUUGUGUUGGUAUCAGGAUAAUAGCUACAAAAUUGGGGGGUGGUGACAAACCUUUUUUUAAAAAUACCCACAACUACUGAGAUCGGCUUAUAAAAAUUAUUUACCUACCAAUUUUGACAAAUACAGCAACCAAAUGUGUUAUCAUAACUGAUGUCGGAUAAACUUAGUUGAACCACUGAAUAAAUAUCAAAAUAAACUAAGUCAACCUA